UUCACAGGCGGUGGGGGGGGAAAAACAUGGCGUCCACUUUGAAGAGCGGUCACGGGCUGCUGCGAGCGUGCUGGAGACAGCAUGCGGUCACAAAACACACACGAUGUCCAGUUCCUCCCAUCACACACUGUCCAGUUCCUCCCAUCACACGCUGUCAGAGGGAGAAGAGCAUGGCUGUUCCCAACAGUUAUGUUCCGGAGACGUCUCUGUCCAGACCGCCGUGGCCCGUAUUAGCACCGUACGACAAAGAGAAAGAAGAACAGAAUCAUCAAGCGGUUGUGGAGAAGGUGAACAGUCUGCUGGAGAAGCGAGAGACCGGACGCCUGUUUGCCGUUGUCCACUUCGCCAGCCGUCAGUGGAAAGUGACCAGUGAAGAUCUGAUCCAGAUUGAGAACCACAUUGAGGCAGAGUGUGGAGAUCGCAUCCUGCUGGAGAAGGUGCUGCUGGUGGGAGGAGAAAACUUCACGCUCAUCGGGAAGCCUCUUCUCAGGCGUGAUCUGGUCCGAGUCGAGGCCACCGUGGUGGAGAAGACCGAGUCCUGGCCGAUGGUACACAUGGUGUUCUGGAAGAGGCACCGGUUCCAGAAGAAGAGAAUUAUCAUACAGCCGCAGACGGUGCUUCGGAUCAACGCCAUCGAGGUGUCUCCCACACUCCUCUGACCCGGCCUCGUCCUUCUCGUCAUCAAUUAUCCGAGUGUAAUGAAACUUGAACGUGUAUCAUUUAUUUGUAAGAUCUGUCAUUUAAUUUAAUAAAAGUCCCACACUGGGGAAAAUGUA